AUGGUACACCGUCUAACAGACCACUAUGCCUCUGCCAUUGCCCCUCUGAUGGUCUGGCUGGACUCUGCAAAGAACGGAUACCGACGGCUUGUCAUUCCGUUGGCGGAAAAGCAUCCAUUACUGCGCCUUGCCAUCCUGGCCAUUUCGGCAGCUCACAUGCCGCAUGACCCGGACCCGGACCUCGAUCCCACCUUCUCACAGUCUGCGGGCCAGGCUGCCAUCCGCAUGAUCACCGAAAGAGUGCGGCACAUGACGCACACAGAGUCCAUCUGGGAGGACAGGGAGGCUGAAGCAAUGCUCGCGGCCAUGCUCACCCUCUCCAACCAUUCACUCCUAGGGUCGGAGCUGUCUCUCGCUCAAUCACACCGACAAGCGGCACGGAUCUUGAUCAAUACUGUGACGCUCAAGAGGGCUCCUGAUGACGAGCUGACAGUCUUUCUCGAGAAUCAACUGGCCAGCUACGACAUCCUGGCGUGCACCACAUUGUUCAACUUGGAGCAUGUCCAGCAUGCCACUGUUCCACGACCGGACCGAGGAGAUGUUCUGUUUGGAGACUUCCUGAACACCCUGCAUCGGAUCACGAUCGGGUCAUUGCAAGAACUGGCCGGUGGACCGCACUCAGCCACUCCCCGCUCCCGCCCUUCACUCUCAGAUCUCGAGCAAGAUUUCGAGCUCGCCCGCGGCUCGACGUUGCUGACGGCCGGGCCAAUGAUCGGAGCAUCCAGCAGAUCGGUCAGGCAGGACUUUGUCCGACUGGUCCAGACAUAUCAUUAUGCCGGUGUGCUUUACGCCUGCAAGCGCCUGAACCUAUCCGAUGGCGACAGCGAUGAAGUUGAAAAACACCACGCUGCCCGACUUUUCCAAGUGCUCAACCAAUUCGAAGAUAUCAACGCUUCAUUGCACAACUUGGCAUGGCCCAUUUUCAUUGCCGGGAUUUGCAGCUGCGGCGACAAACAGCAAGAGCAAAAGCGCAUGGCUACCGUCAGUGACCUGUGUCGAAUGUUAUCCACAAGUACUGGCUUCGAGCACUAUAACAACCUCUUUACCUUUCUUCAAGAGCUCUGGCAUAGCCCGGGUCAGGACUGGAGUGUGCUUGCGAGACAAUGGGAACGAAGAGGCCUGCCGGUAAUUGCAGUCUGA